AUCUACUAACUGCGUGCAUUCGUACUUUUUUCGCCCACGAUCCAAAGGUUCCUUACAGUUCAGUGUUUACUACGCAGCUACUUCUGUUAGCAAUUGUGUGCUUACAAGCUAAGAAAGAGGAUCGCUGUGCUCACUCAGCCUUCAUCUUUUCGUCUUGCAUUGUUCCGGCGUUGGAUAUUGUUUUUUGUACAAUAUGUAUUCCUCCCUCCUGGACUCCGUGCUCACAUCAUUGACCCUCUACUCCUUGCUUCUACCCGCUGUUGCCCAAACAUAUUCAUCAUGUAACCCACUAACACAGAGUGGAGUGUGUCCAGCAGAUCCUGCUCUGGGAAAGAGUGUUGAUAUUGACUUCACAUCUGGAUCUUCCAGCGAAUUCUCAGAAUCUGGCGGUCCAACUUACGACUCCAAUGGCGCGGCAUUCACCAUUGCAAAAUCUGGUGACUCACCUUCCAUCUCAUCAAAAUGGUACAUCAUGUUCGGUCAUGUCGACUUCGUCGUCAAAACAGCUCCAGGAACAGGAAUUGUCAGUGCAGCUAUUCUCCAGUCAGAUUGUCUGGACGAGAUAGACUGGGAGUGGUUGGGAGGCGAUGACACGCAGGCCCAGAGCAACUAUUUCGGAAAAGGUCAAACCACCACAGGCUACAAUCGAGGUGCCUUUCACAGUGCACCAGGCAACCACGACAGCUUCCACACCUACAGCAUCGACUGGACUGCCGAUCAGAUUGUCUGGUCAAUUGAUGGAACCACUGUACGAGCCAUGACUCAAGCUCAAGCUGAGGCCAACCAGUACCCUCAGACACCAAUGUAUAUCAAAGUCGGUGUCUGGGCUGGCGGAGAUCCAUCCAACGCUGAGGGCACAAUCGAAUGGGCUGGAGGCCUCACAGACUAUUCCGCCGGUCCCUUCACCAUGUACCUCAAGUCCAUCCACGUCACAGAUUACUCGACAGGCUCCAAGUAUUCAUACAGUGGUACUAGUGGAACCUGGCAAUCGAUUGUCUCGACCGGCGGUCAGAUCAACAGCGAAGGCAACGGCACUCCAGUCUCAAGUUCGGCACCUGCAGUUACUUCUCAAGUCACGACGGGAAGUGCUCCACUUGCCUUUGGGAACGGCGACGAUUCUAGCACUGUGACUCGGACGGGCUGGCCGUGGUCAGGAACCGCAACGACCACAGCUGUCACUGUGAUCCCUACCCCUUCUUCGUCCUCAUUACAAGUCUCACCAUCGGGUUCGGCAUCGGUUUCUUCGCCUGAAGUGUCUGUGUCAGUGAGUCCUGGUGCGACCUCAAUCCCUGCAGCCAGCUCAGGCGUCGAAACCGGCAGCAGCGCGGCGUCGUCUGGUCCCGACUCGGGAACAACCCAACCGAUCAGCCUACGACCGACUUCCAACACCGCGAGUGAGAACCAGCCAACUUCCACAGCGGUCACUACUGGCGCACCGGAGAGCUCAACCACAACGGAAUCUGAGCAGGCUGGCACGACAACAACUGGCACUGGAGGAUCAUCUGGAACCGCAUCAGGAGGCUCGCCUUCCGCAUCCGCAUCAGCUUCCGCUGGCUCUGGCUCAUCGACCUCGACAGGCACCAGAGCGACAAGCAGGACGACCGAGACAUUGCAGAGUACAACGAUGGCCACCUCUACACGCACCACCGGCUUGCAAUCAUCGACAUCGGCUUCACCAACAGGCACACCACCAGCACCAAACGGUGUAGCUCACGGUCUUGCUUUCACACACUGGAUGAUGCUUCUCAGCGUUGGAGCAACAUAUGUCUUUCUCUUGUGAAAUGAAUGGCAAGUUUUGGCCACAUUUGUCAGCAUAGGCUUUAUUAAUGGACGUGGCGUUGGAAGGAUUCUAGAAGGCCAAGAGAUCUCGGAGUAACGAGGACACGAGGCUGCGAUAAGACAUGGAGGAUUUUAACGACUGUGAUACCCUGUUAGAACGAGAGGCUCUCACACGAGUCUUUGAGGUGAAAUACUAUUAAUUGGUGGUUGAUCAGACUGCCUUUCAAC